AUGUUAAUUUGGGAUAAAUCUGAGGUAAAAGCGCUGAUCAAACAGAAAACUAAAGAAGACUUUGAAACAAAGAGUGCGAACGGAUUGAAAGCAAACGACAAAUUGAAUUUAAAUGCCGUCGAAUUACUCGAAAAAUGUGACGAAAAGUUGAAUAACGAUUCAAAUACAGAGUCUAUGUUUCCGCAUGAAGACGAGACCAAAUGGUUUUUACCCAAAUGUAAUCGAAUUAAUGCCGAAAGGCUUCUAAAAGGACGAAAAGAUGGAACUUUUUUGGUGAGAAGUAGCGCUAACUUAGAGGGCAAAUAUGUGUUGAGUAUUGUCAUCAGAGGCACAAUCAAACACAUCGUGAUCCAGAAGAAUGACAACGGGUAUUGUCUGCACAGCGGUGUACCGCAUCCCACUCUCUUCAGUUUGAUUAUGUUUUACGCCCAACCCUUUGACCACCAAAUGGACGUAACAGUCAAUUCCUGUCAAAGUCUACAUUUUCCUAAGAGUCGGAUUGUGAUCAUUGGCCUCAAUGGCCUCAUUGGUCUCAUUGUUAUCCUCGAUCACCUCUACCUCUAUCUCUCCCGUGAGACCCGACUCUUCGGCUUCGUUUUGGUCAAUGUCUUCAUUUCUGUGUUCAAUCGCUUCCAUUCUUUGAGCCCUAUUUCCACGAUUCGGUUGUUCAGCGAUAUUACGAAAGCGAAGAAAGAGAUGAAAUACAAGAAGGAGGCUAUGGUUGAGGAGCCGACCACAAAACUCUACAGUCGGCGGAUAGAUCUGGACAUCUCUGGCCUCGAACUCGAUGAUGGCCUCAUGUAUUGGUCCGGCUUUGGGAUAACUGCCUUCCGUGUAAUCGUCGAUGAGGUCGACAGUGAUUUGUUGAUUCUCUUCGGCCAAACCCAACACAAAGAGAGGCCAAUACAAGAGCGUUACGAUCACUCGAAGUGGAGUACUCUUAUAGCGAAGACCCGUGGGUUUGGCCACAUUUGCGAUCACGCGUUGCUUUUGAUCGACGAGUUUGAGUCUAACCAUGAAGAGUCCCUGAGACCAGUUCACCUCCGACUCCGGCAAAUGCAGAUCAAUGCUGAAGCCAUACAUCUGACCCCUCAUGAAGUCUGUGGAUCGGCUCUGUUUGAGGGCCACUCUAGCGGUCGGAACGUUGCAGAUGUUGUCGCGAAGACUUCGGUCACACGUCGAGUG